UUAAAUUUUAGAUUAAGAGAAAUAAGCAUAAGGUGGUUGGAAAUAUGCUUUCUCAAGAGAAAAACAGUCGAAAAAGUGACUCUCUUAGCUUGAUAGACACUCAUAGUCAAAAUAAACCAGAUAAUCUGGGAUCGGCAAGUUUUAUGUCGUCAGUUUGUAAUCUUCUGAACACUAUUGUUGGUGCAGGAGUAUUGGCUAUGCCUUAUGCUAUGUCAUCAACGGGUGUUGUAGGAGGUAUUAUUAUUAUUAUUAUAUCGGCAACAACAAGUGGAUUUGGACUUUAUUUUCUUGCGCGUUGUGCAUUAAAACUGAAACGUGGAGAAGCAUCAUUUCAUAAAAUAACAGAUAUGACGUUUCCUUCAGUUUCAUUUCUUUUUGAUGCAAUAAUAGCGAUUAAAUGUUUUGGCGUAACAGUAACAUAUUUAAUUUUGAUUGGAGAUGUUAUGCCACAAGUUAUACGGAUGAUCAAGUCAGAUUUGCCGAAUACGUCUUUUUUACUUAGUAGACAUUUAUGGAUUACAAUAUUUAUGGCUAUUAUAACUCCUUUUAUGUUUCUUCGUCGUCUUGACUCUUUACGUUAUAUUUCUAUUGUUUCUCUCUUCUCUAUUAGCUAUUUAACAGUAAUUGUUAUUAAAUAUUUUUUUCAGAGGAAUGUUUGGAAUUCUGAUGUAGAGGCAUAUUUAUUUAAAGGGAAAGGAAUUAAUGCUAUAUUAUCCUCAAUAUCCGUUUUUAUAUUUGCUUAUAAUUGUCAUGAGAAUAUGUUUACUAUUGUUAAUGAGAUCCGUGAUAACAGCAAAAAAAAUAUUGUUAAAGUUAUCUUUACUUCUAUUGGCUUAUCUUCAUCUCUUUUUCUUCUAUUAGCAAUAUUAGGUUAUCUUACCUUUGGUAUUCGUUCUCCAGAAAAUAUCAUUUUAGGAUAUGAAUAUUCUGUUGUUACGACUAUCGCAAGGGUUGCUGUUAUUGUUGUUAUUAUGUUCUCAUAUCCUCUCCAAGGUUAUCCAUGUCGUGUAAAUUUGGAUUAUGCUUUAUCUUGGAAUCCUAAAUCCCGCAAACCUAUUGAUAGAAUUACAUCCGAAAUGAGUAAUUUGCGAUUUAAUGUACUCACUUGUAUAAUUAUUAUAUCUUCAUACGUUCUUGCUAUGUCUAUACGUUCUUUCGAAAGAGUUUUAUCAUAUGUUGGGUCUAUAGGAUCAACAGCAACUUCCUUUAUUCUUCCAGGAUUAUACUACAGCAAAUUAGCAUAUUAUGAUGAUAUUUUAUAUAGUAAAGAUGAUCAGGAUAAUCAAGAAAUUGAGGGUGAUAGACGCACUUUAUUAAAUAAAUUAAGAUUUUCAAAAAUAUGGUAUUCAAAAAUGGCUAGUAUAUUAUUAACUAUUUUCGGUAUUCUGAUUGCAGCAAUGUCUUUUAUAUCGAAUAUACUUUAUAGUGUUCAUGGACAUUGAAAGAGAUAUUGUAUUAUAUAAACAGAUUAUAAUAAUGACUUAAUU